AUGCUUCGGUCGGCGAAGGAAGAUCUCGUUAAAGUCAGUGGGUGGCGACUGCGCUGGCGUCAAUUCCAGGCUUUAUUUAAGCGACAAAUAAAAUUCAUGGCAUCUAAAAAGUACUCCUUUCUAUUACUACAACUGGUCCUACCAGUCCUCAUGGCAUGCUUAUUCACGAAACUGUACAACGACGAAGUACCCGAACCGUAUAUCUCCAAACCGAAGCUAAUGGAUUUCAGCCUAUAUAACAAGAUAUUGGAUAAACGUGCACUGUUCAAUGUGGAUUUAAGCGAUGUGCCUGCGAGGAGAGAUAUCAAGCUGUGCUGCGGCGUAACAGAGGAACAAAGCACAGAUAUUACCAGAGAUAUUAUCCAUAUUGGCCAAAUCGACAAAUUGGAAUAUAACAAAUAUUUGACUGGGAUGGAGCUGAAUGAUACAGAUGGAAAGGUUUUGUACACUACAAUAGUGCGUCACGCAUUGCCUGUCGCUAUGAACACAUUCACCAACCGCCUGGGAAUGCUCCUUCUCUCCGCAAACGAAUCCGUCAUCUCCACCUACAACCAUCCUAUUGAUAAUGUGGAGCUGACACAAAAAAUACCUUUACAACAUCCGAAGAGUCAAACGAUGACUGCUGCAUGGGCCAUCACCAUUAUUAUCUUGUACCUGGCGACGAUCAUCAACUUCGUGUCGCUGCCGAGCAAGGAGCGGAUGAUGGGUACGCGCCACAUACACGUGCUGUCAGGCUGCCCGCCGCUGCUGCACUGGGCGACCACGCUCGCCUCGCACGCGCUCGCCACGCUGGCGCCGCUCGUGCUGAUGCUGGUCGCGGCCGCGCUCCUCGACGCCGACCGCACGCUCCGCCAGCCCGGCCUGCUCGUGACAUAUGGACUAAUUAUGUUUAUUGGAGGCCUCGCUUUCUUAUCCCUCAUGUACUGCAUCAGUUGCAUUUACUCCGAAAAAGUUACUGGAAUUAUACUAAUCACUAUGCUCAUAGUUUUCGGGUGCGUGACGCCGACGGUGCGGUUCGCGACGGAGAAGCUGGAGGGCGGCACCACGCGCGACGUUGCGCAUUGGAUGGCGUGCGUCGCCGGCGCCACGCUCGCGCCGCACGCCGCCGCGGAGGCCGCGCUGCAGGCCGCCAAUGUCGGCCGGCUCAACGCCUACUGCGCGCUCAACCGCCACCUCUGUCCGCGCCUCCCCGUGCACGACGCCGGGAUCGACGUGGAGCGCUGCUGCGGUGAGUGCACCCACCUCCUCCUCUGCUGGCCGCGCUGCAGGCCGCCAAUGUCGGCCGGCUCAACGCCUACUGCGCGCUCAACCGCCACCUCUGUCCGCGCCUCCCCGUGCACGACGCCGGGUUCGACGUGGAGCGCUGCUGCGGUGAGUGCACCCACCUCCUCCUCUGCUGGCCGCGCUGCAGGCCGCCAAUGUCGGCCGGCUCAACGCCUACUGCGCGCUCAACCGCCACCUCUGUCCGCGCCUCCCCUGCACCCACCUCCUCCUCUGCUGGCCGCGCUGCAGGCCGCCAAUGUCGGCCGGCUCAACGCCUACUGCGCGCUCAACCGCCACCUCUGUCCGCGCCUCCCCGUGCACGACGCCGGGUUCGACGUGGAGCGCUGCUGCGGUGAGUGCACCCACCUCCUCCUCUGCUGGCCGCGCUGCAGGCCGCCAAUGUCGGCCGGCUCAACGCCUACUGCGCGCUCAACCGCCACCUCUGCCCGCGCCUCCCCGUGCACGACGCCGGGUUCGACGUGGAGCGCUGCUGCGGUGAGUGCACCCACCUCCUCCUCUGCUGGCCGCGCUGCAGGCCGCCAAUGUCGGCCGGCUCAACGCCUACUGCGCGCUCAACCGCCACCUCUGCCCGCGCCUCCCCUGCACCCACCUCCUCCUCUGCUGGCCGCGCUGCAGGCCGCCAAUGUCGGCCGGCUCAACGCCUACUGCGCGCUCAACCGCCACCUCUGCCCGCGCCUCCCCGUGCACGACGCCGGGUUCGACGUGGAGCGCUGCUGCGGUGAGUGCACCCACCUCCUCCUCUGCUGGCCGCGCUGCAGGCCGCCAAUGUCGGCCGGCUCAACGCCUACUGCGCGCUCAACCGCCACCUCUGCCCGCGCCUCCCCGUGCACGACGCCGGGUUCGACGUGGAGCGCUGCUGCGGUGAGUGCACCCACCUCCUCCUCUGCUGGCCGCGCUGCAGGCCGCCAAUGUCGGCCGGCUCAACGCCUACUGCGCGCUCAACCGCCACCUCUGCCCGCGCCUCCCCUGCACCCACCUCCUCCUCUGCUGGCCGCGCUGCAGGCCGCCAAUGUCGGCCGGCUCAACGCCUACUGCGCGCUCAACCGCCACCUCUGCCCGCGCCUCCCCGUGCACGACGCCGGGUUCGACGUGGAGCGCUGCUGCGGUGAGUGCACCCACCUCCUCCUCUGCUGGCCGCGCUGCAGGCCGCCAAUGUCGGCCGGCUCAACGCCUACUGCGCGCUCACCCGCCACCUCUGCCCGCGCCUCCCCGUGCACGACGCCGGGUUCGACGUGGAGCGCUGCUGCGGUGAGUGCACCCACCUCCUCCUCUGCUGGCCGCGCUGCAGGCCGCCAAUGUCGGCCGGCUCAACGCCUACUGCGCGCUCAACCGCCACCUCUGCCCGCGCCUCCCCUGCACCCACCUCCUCCUCUGCUGGCCGCGCUGCAGGCCGCCAAUGUCGGCCGGCUCAACGCCUACUGCGCGCUCAACCGCCACCUCUGCCCGCGCCUCCCCGUGCACGACGCCGGGUUCGACGUGGAGCGCUGCUGCGGUGAGUGCACCCACCUCCUCCUCUGCUGGCCGCGCUGCAGGCCGCCAAUGUCGGCCGGCUCAACGCCUACUGCGCGCUCAACCGCCACCUCUGCCCGCGCCUCCCCGUGCACGACGCCGGGUUCGACGUGGAGCGCUGCUGCGGUGAGUGCACCCACCUCCUCCUCUGCUGGCCGCGCUGCAGGCCGCCAAUGUCGGCCGGCUCAACGCCUACUGCGCGCUCAACCGCCACCUCUGCCCGCGCCUCCCCGUGCACGACGCCGGGUUCGACGUGGAGCGCUGCUGCGUUGUGCGGACUUUCCGAUCCAGGGCUUCGAGUUCAAUUUGAGACCAUCUGAGCACGCCAAAAGUGUAAAGGAGUACGGGUAUGACCCAGCCGUUAUAUGCUCGGAUCUUAUUGAACAAAAACAGAAUCCAAGGUGCUAUUUCUGUUUCGACGAUUAUUCUCCAUUAUCUGCGAUGAUAUUUCUCAUUAUACAGUUCUUGGUAUAUAUGAGUAUAUUGAUCGGCAUACAGUGCGGUGUGUUCAACGUAUUGAGUGACAUGUUAUUCAAUUUAUAUUGGAAAAUUUUACCCCGACACCGUAACGAUGAAACAGAAAGUGGUAAUGGAGGACCCUCUGAGACGGUUAAAAAUGAAAAGGAGUUGGCCGUCGAGGUUAUAAAAAAGUUACAAUCAUCGCAGGAAGCGAUGGUCGUAUACAAGACUCACAAAAGGUAUCCCAAGAUGUUUGGAAAAUCGUGUCACGCCGUCAAGGACUUCAACAUUGUCGUGAAAGAGGGCGAGAGCUUCGGCCUCUUAGGCGUCAACGGUGCAGGAAAGUCGACUACGUUCAAAAUGCUGACAGCCGAGCAAUGCUUAACCAAGGGUAAAGCCCGGGUAAAAAGCAAUUGGCUCGCCCCCUGGAAAACUCAGUCACUACAACAACUCAGCUAUUGUCCACAAUUUUUUGGACUGGACCAGUUCCUUACCGGUCGAGAAAACAUGGAGUUGCUGUUUACUCUACGAGGAUACGACGAUGAGGAUGUGAAACAAAUAUCCAAUGAGUGGAUUAAAAUUGUUGGGCUGGAGAGGUACGCGGACCGCGCGGUGUCGACGUACAGCGGCGGCUGCCUGCGGCGGCUGAGCGCGGCGGCCGCGCUGGGCUCGGACGCGCCGCUCGUGCUGCUCGACGAGCCCACCGCCGGCGUCGACCCCGCCGCGCGCCGCCGCCUGCACCGCGCGCUGCGCCGCCUCGCCGCGCAGCGCCAUCGCCGGCGGCUCGCGCUCGUGCUCACCUCGCACAGUAUGGACGAGAUGGAGUCGCUGUGCGACCGGAUUGCGAUAAUGGUGAAAGGCGAAUUAAAGGCGCUGGACACGCCGGGCGGGCUGCGCGCCAGUUAUACGAAGGGACACACGAUCACGUUCAAGUUGCAGCCGCCCGCACUCGCGACCGACCUGCCCGCCUGCGAGCUGCCACCGCCCGCACUCGCGACCGACCCGCCCACGCACGCGCCAUCCGACGAGACAGAUGGAAAUAGUGUGAGACAUUUGAAGGAAAAUUUAAGAAAUUCAUUCAACAUGGACAUUAAGGAUGAACAUAUGUUUAUUUACCCACAGACAAUGUUACGCUGCCGCAUUAUAAACACGACACGGUAUAGCGAGCUGUUUACUGAACUGGAGGCUUUAAAAAGCCAGCACAGUAUCAUCGAGGACUACACUGUCACCGAAACGACACUCGAAGAGGUUUUCUUACAACUGUCUGAAAGUAAUCCUUUUUAUGAAUAAGUGCCUCUGUAUUUUUGUAUGUGAAUACUCAUACGAUACGCCAGCUGGCUUGAAAUGCCGGCCGCGGUCCCCACGUGUAAACCGAGCACUAUUACAAUUUCAACAGCAAUUUUCAUUUAAUAAUUGGCUUAUUGUGACGCACUUGUUAUAUUUACGCUUUCACGUUUCUGCAAAACACCGCACACCUGAGUUUCUUUGUAUACACAUCAAACACUUUACAUACAAUGAAAGUAGAUUGAAUGCAUUCUUAAGGCGAGUGCUGAGAAUUCGUGGAGUCAGGCAGACAGGCAGAAGUCGUUUUAUAGUCAUACGCCAACAAAUUGAUUUGAAAGAAAUUGUGGGGGUAAAGAUGAAGUUCGUACUACGUUGGUUCGGGCACGUGAAAAGAGAAUCUGUUGGAAGCAUAGCCAAACAGAUUUGUAAUACGAAAAUUGUAGGAUUCAGUUACG